AUGCCAGUCCCGCGCAAAGUCCUCGAGCAGAUCAAGCAGCUCAUCCCGCCUCUCAACGGCACCCUCCACAAGGGCCAGUCCGGCCGCGUCGGUGUCCUCGGCGGAGCCCUCGACUACACCGGCGCGCCCUUCUUCGCGUCCAUGUCCGCGCUGCGCAUCGGCGCCGACCUCUCGCACGUCAUCUGCUCCCCCACCGCCGCCGGCGCGAUCAAGUCCUACUCCCCCGACCUCAUCGUGCACCCCAUCCUCCGCGAAGACCAGUCCCCGGCCGACCUCCGCCCCGCCCUCGCGUCGCUGCUGGAGCGUCUCCACGUGCUCGUCAUCGGCCCCGGCCUCGGGCGCGAGGACUACAUGCAGGCGUUCGCGCAGCUCGCGCUGUCCCUCGCCAAGGAGCAGGACAUGUACGUCGUCCUCGACGCGGACGCGCUCUGGCUGGUCGGCCGCGACCCCGGCCUCGUGCGCGGGUACCGCAAGGCCGUGCUCACCCCGAACGUAGUCGAGUUCAAGCGUCUGUGCGAGAGCGUCAACAUCGACCCCGCGGCGCCCGCCAACGAGCGCGCCAUGAGGAUCUCCCGCGCGCUCGGCGGGAUCACCAUCCUCCAGAAGGGCACCGAAGACAUCAUUGCGACGGACACGGGGAGCGCGCUCUCUGGAACCGCAUCUACGGAAGAACAGCUCAGCGUGGACGUCCCGGGCGGACUGAAGCGCUGCGGCGGGCAGGGGGACAUCCUCAGCGGGACCGUGGGCGCGGUCCUCGCAUGGGGCAAGUGCUACGAGGGCGGCGCAUACGGAGACAACUCGCUGCCAGCGUCGCGCAUCCCCCUCCUGGCGGCCGUCGCGGGCUCGAUGGUGACUCGCACGGCCUCACGGAGAGCAUUCUUGAAAGAGGGGCGAGGUGCGUCAACAUUAUGGUUCACCCUCGAUCGUCGCGCCAUCUGCCCCUUGCGAGGCUGCGUGGGCUAUGCGAAUGUAAGAUUAAUGGAUUUAUUGGCAGGUGUUGUGACGCAAGACAUGCUCGGCGAGAUUGGCGGCGCGUUUGCAGAGACAUUUGGGAGUGAAGGAGAGAAGGGUUGGGGAUCGACGGGGGACGCGGGGAAGUUGUAG